AUGGCCAACUCAUCAGCUCUUCUCAAAUUCGCUUGCGCAGUUUUCAUGUGCAUGGUUGUGCUUGCGCCGCAUGGUGAGGCAGCAAUGAACUGUGGGUUGGUGACCAAAAAUCUGGCACAAUGUCUGUCUUACUUGACUAGCCCCGGGGGGGCACCAACAGCUGCUUGCUGUAACGGUAUAAAGACCUUAAACAAUUUGGCUUCGACACCAGCUGACAGGAAGACUGCCUGUACCUGUCUAAAAUCAGCUGCAAAUUCAAUGAAGAAAAUGGACUAUGCUAAGGCAGCUGGACUCCCUGGCAAAUGUGGUGUUAGAAUUCCUUACGCUAUUAGCCCCAAAACUGAUUGCUCCAGGGUGAACUAGCUUGAUGAGGAUAUCUCCAAGAAUAGACAUGUCAUUGAGGCAGUAGCAAAGACAAUAAAAAUCGUCGUCAGGACACUUAAUGUGUUUCUUUUUCUUUAUAUGAAUCCAUAUACAUCUGUAUCCUAAGUCCUGCUCUUAUGUUCAACUAUUAUUAUCAAUCUAUCAUCUUCACACGAAUUUGAACGUUA